AUGGAAGGGGAACUUAAACACAUCAGCCAUGAGCAUCCUUUGGUCUCCUUCAAUGCUGAUGAUUCAAAUGUUUUAGAAGAUUCAUGUUUCGAAGUAGCCCACUCCCACGAGGUGCAACACCCCAUACUCGACAAGCACCCUCUGAUCAUUUGCAAAACACCACCGUAUGAUAAGGAGACUUGCACAUGCAAUAUUUGCGGUGAACCUUGCAUGAGUUUUAUUGUUUACCACUGUCCCCUUUGCAAAAUUUACGUUCAUUUCAAGUGUCUUUCGUUACCGCUCUCCAUUGAAAGUAAAAUUCACAACCACCCAUUAACCUUAUUCAGGAAGUUCAUCACGUUCAUUUGUGAUUUUUGUGGUAAAGAAGGUAAAACAUUGACCUACCUAUGCAAUGUUAGCUUUUGUGGAUUUUGGGCCCACCAUAAUUGUGCUUCCUUACCACGCAUGGUCAAACGUAUGCGCCAUAAGCACCCUCUCAUCCUCACUAACUCUAUUAAGGAUGAUCAUUCUGAGCACCGAGUUUGCCAACUUUGCGUGAAACAUAUAGACACAAACCAUGGGGUUUAUUAUUGCUCAAGUUGUGAUUAUGUUGCGCACCUUGAUUGCGCUACAGACAAGAAUGGCAUGGAUGAAAAUUUUAUGCGGAAAUCUAAAGGCAAGGAACCUGCUGAGUUAACAAAUAUGCUGAAAUUUGAAGAUUUGGAGCUUGAUGAAUUCGCCAAUGAAUCAUCUUAUAGUGUCCAAAAAACCAAGGUGGGUGAGGGUGAAAUUAAAAUACCCAUAGAAAUCAAACAUUUUUGUCAUGAGCAUGACUUAAAACUUAUUGAUGAGCUUGAGAACUACAAAAUAUGUGACGGGUGUGUACGACCUAUCUUCCCUCCAUUUUAUAGUUGUACUGAGUGUAACUUCUUUCUUCACAAAUGUUGUGUAGAAUUACCUCGUAAAAAGCGACACCCAUUUCACCAACACCCCUUUAAGCUUGAGAGACCUUUCCUUGCUCCUUGUCAUGCUUGUAACUAUUUAAGUAAUGGCUUUAUCUACAACUGCAAGGAAUGUGAUUUUGGCCUUGAUGUCUCAUGUAGUUUGAUCUCAGAAUUAGACACAUUAACUCACGUUGGUCAUGAGCACCCCCUAAUCUUCUCUAGCGCAACUAAUGAUAAGGAGUGUAGUGCUUGCAAUUCCAAAGGAAGAAUCUUUUGUUGUACUAAAUGUGAAUUCACUUUGGAUUUUGGAUGUGCUACAUUACCGCAUACCGUAAAGUACAAACAACAUGAGCACCUAUUUACCCUUAGUUAUAUUGUUGAAGAUGACUCAGGUGAAUAUUAUUGCGAUAUUUGUGAGGAAGAACGAGACUACCCAAAGCAUUGGUUCUAUUAUUGUGAAGAAUGUAAUUAUCCUGCUCAUCCCAAAUGUAUUUUUGAAGAAUCCUUAUAUUAUAGAUUGGGAGACUACAGAAAUAUUAAGUUCGGGAGCACUUACAUAUCCACCGUCCACCAACAUCCCCUUACUCUUGUUCAGGAGACUAAGGAUGGCUUUCAUCGUUGUGACAGGUGUGGUGAUCGUUGCCAUGAUAUAGCCUAUGCAUGUGCCACGUGUAAUAUCAGUUUUGACCUGAAUUGCAUGUGGGUAAUGUUAGAAUGACGUAACUGGCAUCCAGCUCCUAUCAAGAACGGACACAGCCUUAAGAGUUGUGUUAAUAAGACACUACCUAAGUAUAUAU